AUGGGCCCGGCUCCAGUGUCUCUGCGUCGUCCAGCCUCCAAGUGGAUCCUGACCCCAACGUUGAAGAGCCCCCCGUUCCCCCGAUGGGAACGGGGACUGGGGAUUGGUGAAGACACGCCCAAUCAGGUUCCCUUCAGGAAGAUGUGGACACCCAUCUGGCACCAGGGUGGCGCCCUGCUGGGGCUGAAGCCAGCGCUGUCCUCUCCACGAACCAGAGACCGGCAGGCGGGUAGCUGCGUGGUGCCGACGUGGAUCAGUCCUGACCUGCUGCUGACCCUCUGGUUCUCUUUAGGAACCGGACGCGGUGACGUAGGAGGUGGCGUUCAGUCAGGUCCGCUCCCACAACCACACGAGAAGGGGAUCAGCGAGCAUCGCCUUCCACAACUCUCUGGAAGCACAACACAACAGAGGCACACCACGCACAGACCCACACAGACCCACACACCCACACUAAGUUGUCCAGAGGGCCCAGCGUUCCCAGCUCCCCGUCCAGUCGACCACCACCUGCUCUGGGUCUCUUCCCCCCCUGGUCCACUCCGGUCCGGCGUAGUCCAGGAGACGCUCCUGGUUUUGCGUUGCCUGUGCGUUGCCCAGGACCAGGCUCAGUCCGCUCCAUUUUCUUUGGCGGUUCGGUCCGGCGUUUACAAGCUGGACGGCGGGGAGGUGAGUGAGGGCGAGGGCCCGGCCUUCGUCCUGCGACACAGGACUUCCACUCUGGCGGAACGGACUACCAAUGACGCGCCUACUGACCCUUUGAGCCCGCGGGACGCCGAAGACACGCCCACCUCAGGUUGUUCAACCAAUCACCUCAGUGCCACCGAGUGCCCUCACAUCGUCCACGAUGGGAGCGCCCCGGACAGUGAAACCACCCGGAGGAGAAGGAGGGAGGACUGCCGAGGGGAGCAGGGGGAGCAGGAGGAGAGGGAGGAGGGGGAGGAGGGGGAGAGGAGCAGCGACGAAGGCUUCAAGAGGAUGACUCCCCUGCUGCAGGCGCACCACGCCAUGGAGAAGAUGGAGGAGUUCGUGCACAAGGUGUGGGAGGGCCGGUGGCGCGUCAUGCCCCACGACGUGCUUCCUGAUUGGCUGCAGGACAACGACUACCUGCUGGACGGGCACAGGCCGCCCAUGCCCUCGUUCAGAGCCUGCUUCAAGAGCAUCUUCAGGAUCCACACGGAGACCGGCAACAUCUGGACCCACCUGCUGGGCUGCCUGUUCUUCCUGUGCCUGGGGCUCAUGUACAUGUUCCGGCCCAACAUGUCGUUCGUGGCCCCCGUCCAGGAGAAGGUUGUGAUCGGGAUGUUCUUCCUGGGAGCCAUCCUCUGCCUGUCCUUCUCCUGGCUCUUCCACACCGUGUACUGCCACUCGGAGGGCGUGUCCAAGGUCUUCUCAAAGCUGGACUACAGCGGCAUCGCCUUCCUCAUCAUGGGCUCCUUCGUGCCGUGGCUGUACUACUCGUUCUACUGCUCCCCUCAGCCCCGCUUCAUCUACCUGCUGGUGGUGUGUGUGCUGGGCCUGGCCGCCAUCACCGUGUCCCAGUGCGACUUCUUCGCCACGCCCGAGUACCGCGGGGUCCGCGCCGGAGUGUUCGUGGGGCUGGGUCUGAGCGGCGUGGUGCCCACGCUCCACUUCACCCUCAGCGAGGGUCUGAUCCGGGCCACCACCAUCGGCCAGAUGGGCUGGCUGGUCCUCAUGGCCACGCUGUACAUCACGGGCGCCUGUCUCUACGCAGCCCGCAUCCCAGAGAGGUUCUUCCCCGGGAAGUGUGACAUAUGGUUCCACUCCCACCAGCUCUUCCACAUCCUGGUGGUGGCGGGGGCCUUCGUCCACUUCCACGGCGUCUCCAACCUGCAGGAGUUCCGCUACACGGCGGGCGGGGGCUGCGCCGCCGACGGGACGCUGUAGCGCACCACGCGCACGUGCACGUGCACGUGCACCGCACGCGCGCAGACCAGCGCACACACCGGAGGGGGGGGGGGCACAAACACAAGGGGGGCGUUUGACGCGUAUGUUUACCGAGGGGGGGCCAUCGGCCUGAGGGGGGGAGACACACACACACACACACACACACACACACACACACACACACACACACACACACACACACACACACACACACUCACUCAGAGUGCCUCUCCGGGGGGGCGGGGCUGGGGGCCGCUGUGUUCUGGUGUGUGUGUAAUACCUGGGGUGACCUUAGGGGGCAUUUAAUGACCUCCUCACCCCCCACCCUGUCUGGUUCAAACUGGUUUCGAUGGUUCAACUUUUUUAAGUGGAAUGGUGGAUUUUGAAGUAGAACCCGAGGUUUGGCCUGAAGGUCGUGUUUGUUUUGCUGUGAGGUCGUGGGGUUCGGAGUUUGGCUUGAAAAAAAAGAA